AUGGCUGAUUCUACUAGUGCUACGUUAACGACUUCAACAACUAAGACUGCUGAUGCUACAACUACUAAUGCCGUUGAUGCUACUAUCAUUACCAUCACCAUUGCCGCUGCUGAGACCACCAGCACCGAUGCUAAUAUUAUAAGGAAGGAAGAAGGAGGAUUUUGA